CCCCGGUCUGAGAGGCUAUCCCAGCUCCAAAUGGCCAUAUCAUCUGCCGUUGGUGUCUCUCUGUGACUUCCUGUUUCUCUCUCCCUCUGUUUAUCUGUCACUGCCAUCUUUUCUCUGUGUCUUUCUGAGUAGCUGGCGGCCUCUCUCCUCUGAGUCUUUUCACUCUCUCGUCUCUUUAUCUGUUGGCUUCUCUCCACUUAUAUCCCUGUCUCUCAUCCCUCUCUGUUCCUGUUCCCCUACCUCAUCUCUUUCCCUGUCCCUGUGUGACCCCCUCCUCCUUCACGCAGCUCUCCUCACUUCGUAGUACCCCCCCACUUCUCCCUCCCCCCACCACACUUCUCUACCUACAGGAUGGAACUGCAGGAUCCAAAGAUGAACGGAACCCUUCCUGUGGAUGCUGUGGACUACAGGCAGGAACGUGAGGGCUUCCUGCCCAGCCGUGGUCCUGCUCCUGGGAGGAAGCCGGUCCAGUUCAUGGAUUUCGAGGGUAAGAUAUCGUUCGGAAUGUCAGUGUUCAACCUCAGCAACGCCAUCAUGGGCAGCGGCAUCCUGGGGCUGGCUUAUGCCAUGGCCCACACAGGGGUCCUCUUCUUCCUAGCCUUGCUGCUGUGCAUCGCACUUCUGUCUUCGUACUCCAUCCACCUCCUGCUGACGUGUGCUGGUGUCAUAGGCAUCCGGGCUUAUGAGCAGCUGGGACAGAAGGCAUUCGGGCCUGCGGGGAAGGUAGCGGUGGCUGCGGUCAUCUGUCUGCACAAUGUUGGGGCCAUGUCCAGUUACCUGUUCAUCAUCAAAUCUGAGCUCCCCCUGGUUAUUGGCACCUUCCUGAACAGGGCCCCCGAGGGGAACUGGUUCUUGAAGGGAAACUUCCUUAUCAUCCUUGUCAGUGUGUUAAUCAUCCUGCCCCUGGCCCUUAUGAAACAUCUGGGCUACCUGGGGUACACCAGUGGUCUCUCUCUAACCUGCAUGCUGUUUUUCCUCAUUUCGGUCAUCUAUAAGAAGUUCCAACUUGGCUGUGCUGUCAGCCGCAAUGAGACAGCAAUAGAGAGUGAAGCCCCCCCGGGGCUCAACAGCAGCUGUGAGGCCAAGAUGUUCACAGUCGACUCACAGAUGUCCUACACAGUGCCCAUUAUGGCUUUCGCCUUUGUCUGCCACCCUGAGGUGCUGCCCAUCUACACAGAGCUCUGCCGGCCCUCCCAGCGCAGGAUGCAGGCUGUGGCCAAUGUGUCCAUUGGGGCUAUGUUCUGCAUGUACGGGCUCACAGCCACCUUCGGAUACCUCACCUUCUACAGCAGCGUGGAGGCGGAAAUGCUGCACAUGUACAGCCAGAAGGACAUGCUCAUCCUCUGCGUGCGCCUGGCCGUGCUGCUCGCGGUGACCCUCACUGUGCCAGUCGUGCUGUUCCCUAUCCGCCGGGCUCUGCAGCAGCUGCUUUUCCCAGGCAAGGCCUUCAGCUGGCUGCGACACGUGGCCAUAGCCCUGAUCCUGCUUGUUUUGGUCAAUGUCCUUGUCAUCUGUGUGCCGACCAUCCGGGAUAUCUUUGGGGUUAUCGGUCAGAAUCCCCAACCCCGGUCCCAUACCCCACCUAAUAUGGGCCUUGUACCCAAGCUUAGGUUGACUCCUGUCCCUCCUUCUUGUCCUCCAGGGUCCACGUCAGCCCCCAGCCUCAUCUUCAUCCUCCCCAGCAUCUUCUACCUCCGCAUUGUACCCUCUGAGGUGGAGCCCCUCUUCUCCUGGCCCAAGAUUCAGGCUCUGUGUUUUGGUGCCCUGGGGGUCCUCUUCAUGGCGAUCAGUAUAGGCUUUAUGUUUGCCAACUGGGCCACAGGCCAGAGCAGUGUGUCUGGACACUGACCAUGCCCUGCCUCGGUCCCCGUGCACACACAUACGGAUGCUGAGCUUGGAUCAUGGCCCUAAUUGCAACCCCAACUCCAUGGAAGGAGGAGGUGGCCAGGCCCUGGGGGAGCCCUUGCCCAGCCCAGUCUUCUCUGUCUCCUCCUGGCCAAAGCUGUUGGUCAGAAUUACCCUUGGGCUAAAGGGGAAGAAUAAAGAUGUUGAAUUACA